UCGAAGGGGGCGUGUGUCAGAGGCUCAUGGCUGCACUCUAAAUAGCGAGCAUGAAGUGAACUGUUAAUAACAUAAUAUAAUAUUCCAGUUUUUCGCUGGUUUCUCCGCCGUCAGUCGUACAUAAUGGCUUCAGAGGAAGACGCCACGCUGCUGUUCCUCAUCUUCCAGCACCUCAAGGUGCACGGAUACAAGAAAGCUGCCAAGGUGCUGGAGAAACACAUUGCUCAGGUGGAAACUCCAGAGGAGACCCCCAACCUUCAUGAGAUCUACUCAGGCUGGAUGAAGCUGUACUCUCUAGCUCAGGAUGCCAAGCAGGAGGCAGAAGACGGCGCUCAUCUGAAGAAGAACGGCAUCAAACCAGAACCUGCCACCAGCGAAGAAGAAGAUGUCGCAGACGCCAAACUCAACAACAUCACCCAGGAAAAUCAUGUGGAUGCAAAACCUCCAGCUGAGUCCAGGACAGACGUUAAGGAGUCUGCGGAGGUGCUCGGUGAGGAGAGAGAAGAGGAGUCGGUCUCUGAGCAGCUGCUACCUCCUGCAGGAGAAACAAAAACAACAGACCCAGAGAGUGAGGAAGGAGAAAAGAAAGAGGAGGAAACGAUUGCAGAGGAACAGUCAGCUCCAGUAGAAGAGGCACCUGAAGCGGCAGGGGAAGAGGUCGAGCCCAGAGCAGCGAUCUGUGAUCAGCCCGACGCAGCCCUGACCCCCGGAGAGGAGCAGAGGGAGACGCAGGAGUCAGAAGCAGCCACAGAUGAAGCCUCUGCAUUGGAGCAGACAGCUGUCAAUCAAACUGAGGCCUCAGAAGAAGGGGAGGGCAGCGCUGCGGAGCAGACCGAGCCCGACCUACAGAGGCUCAGGAGACCAAGGAGCAGCAGGAUGAGGCUGAAGCCACUCCCCCUGCAGACCCUGUUUCUGAGAACCCACAAGAAGAGGUAGAGGAGACAUCUAAGGACGGUGACCUUGCAUCCCCGCUGACAGCUGAAGUCCAGACGAAGUCCCCCGAGGAUCCCGACACUGAAGCCGAAAAAGCAACUAUGGAGGAGCAAGUAGAGCCAGAAGUCUUCAUCAUCCUCACAGAGGACGAGGAGGCUGUUACUCCGAA